GAAACCAAUCACUUAAGUCACUUCGCAUUAAAGUUGACAACAUGGUCCAAGUCGAGCCCUUCGAAGUCGAGCAAUGGAUGGACCGUUAUGAGACCACGCCCGGUGUUAUCAACAUCGCCGAGACAUGCUGUGCCUCCGUCUCGCUUGACGGUCUUGUGCGCAUGUGCGAAGACAAGGAGGCACCGGGGCCUCUCUCACUCUCGAACAAAUUGACCUACGGCGCCAUCCUCGGCUCGGAGACGCUUCGUCAGCGCAUCGCAGCUCUCCAUGACCGGGCGUCCGACGUCGAACCGCUCCCGAGCGAGAACGUCCUAGUCACCCAGGGGGCCAUUGGCGCGAACUUCCUUACACUGUACACCCUGGUGGGACCGGGCGACCAUGUUAUUUGCGUGUAUCCCACCUACCAGCAGCUGUAUGCCGUUCCCAAGAGCCUCGGGGCGGAGGUGUCCCUGUGGAAGUUGAAGGCGGAAAGAGGGUAUGUGCCGGACGUCAGCGAGCUGGGAGGGCUCGUCAAGGACAACACCCAGAUGAUCAUCCUCAACAAUCCCAAUAACCCCACGGGCAGCACCAUUCCCAAGUCCGUCCUCUCGCAGAUUGUCGCCUCCGCAAGAGAGCGAGGCAUCAUCAUCUUGUGCGACGAGGUCUACAGCCCGCUAUAUCACUCCCUCCCUGAGGGGCAAGAAGCACCUCCCUCCGUCCUCGCCUUCGGCUACUCCAAGACCAUCGCCACGGGCUCCAUGUCCAAGUCCUUCUCCCUCGCCGGCAUCCGCAUCGGUUGGAUCGCCUCCCGCGACCGGGCCAUCAUCGGCGCCGUGGCCGCCGCGCGCGAUUACACCACCAUCAGCGUGUCGCAGCUCGACGACCAGGUCGCCAGCUACGCGCUCUCCGAACCCGUCCUGCGGCCGCUGCUGGCGCGGAACCUGGAGCUCGCGAGGACCAACCUGGGCUUGCUGAGCGCCUUUGUAGACAAGUACGCCCGGGUCUGCUCGUGGGUGAAGCCGACAGCAGGGACGACCGCACUGGUGCAGUUUAGGAAUGAGGACGGAGUGCCGAUGGAUGACUCCAGCUUUGCCCUGAACGUGUUGAACAAGACAAAGGUCUUGUCUGUGCCCGCCAGUACCUGCUUUGGCCUGCGGACGGACUUUAAAGGGUGCGUGAGGAUAGGCUACGUGUGUGAGUCUGAGGUGCUGGUGAAGGGACUAGAGGAGCUGGGUCGGUAUAUCGACGAGCACCUGCUGAGGAAGAUUCCGAACUGAAAGAGUUUCAAGGGAAUGGCAGACAGAUGGGGAUCGACAAUCGUCAAAUGCUAAGAGCAUUUAUUAACACGAGAGAUGUGAGAUCGGAAUGUGAGCGUUAGGAUCGCGGCGCGCACGUCCACUUCGGUCGGGGUGGUUGCCGCAUAACAAUCUAUGACGCAGACACCCAUGGCAUGACUCCGUUAAGCGGCUCCUUGCUGCUGUGAAUGGUGCUUCAGUUGC